UUGAAGGGAUCUAACUAUGCUGGUCUGCUGGAGCGGCAUCGCAUUCAUACAAAAAAUGUGGAGCAUCUUGUAGACAGUUUACGGAACGAGAGGAUAGAAGUUCGCCUUGUUAAACGUCGAGAAUAUAAUGAAGAGACAGUUCGGUGGGCAGAUGCUGUUAUAUCAGCAGGAGGUGAUGGUACAAUGUUGUUGGCUGCUAGUAAGGUCUUUGAUAAAUCCAAACCAGUUAUUGGAGUAAAUACUGAUCCUGAAAGAUCGGAGGGUCACCUAUGCUUGCCUGUGAGAUACACACACUCAUUUCCUGAAGCACUACAGAAGCUUUAUCGUGGUGAGUUCAGGUGGCAAUGGCGGCAAAGAAUCCGACUGUAUCUUGAAGGAACUGGCAUUAACCCAAUCCCUGUAGAUUUACAUGAACAGCAGCUAAGCCAAGAGCAACACAGCAGGGCUCACAUAAAUGAAAGAUUCCAGGAUCAAAGUUCUGACAUUUCUGGUCCACAUCUUUUACCAGUGAGAGCCCUCAAUGAAGUCUUCAUUGGGGAAUCUCUUUCAUCCAGGUAUGCUGUGUGUUCUGUCUUAUUCAGGGAGAACUUUAAAUCCUGCAAACCCAGUUUUAAAUUCUCGCUUCAUAGGGCCUCCUAUUAUGAGAUAUCAGUUGAUGAUGGUCCUUGGGAAAAACAGAAGAGUUCGGGGCUUAAUGUGUGUACUGGAACAGGAUCAAAAGCAUGGUCUUAUAAUAUUAACAAGAUAGCACAUCAAGCUGUUGAAGAGAUCCUUAAUAUUGCAAAAAAGCAAGGAAGUUUGAAUAUGCCAUUGAACAUGGAACUAAUACAAAAAGUGACAAAUGAUUACAAUGAGUCCUUGGUCUACAGUCCAGAAGAACCAAAGAUGUUUUUCAGUAUUCGAGAACCUAUUGUCAACAGAGUUUUCUCAAGUAGCCGACAGCGUGGCUUCUCUUCAAAGGUCUGUGUCCGUUCCCGCUGUUGGGAUGCAUGUAUGGUUAUAGAUGGAGGAACAUCUUUUGAGUUCAAUGAUGGGGCGAUAGCUUCAAUAAUGAUUGAUACAGAGGAUGCACUGUGCACUGUUCUGCUGGAAGAAUGAAGGACACUUGUGUCUUCUGCUGAAACAACUCUGCAUCCAGAGAGGGAACUCCUGGGGAUAGACAGCACAUCAUAAUGCUGCAUUAUGUUGGAGGUUGGCCUUUCUGGAUGCAAGAGUAUUUG